UGGUGCACCGAUCAGUGAUGGAAGUGAGGCCCAUUUAUUCGAAGCUCGCAGACAUAGUAUAGGUCAUUAUUUUUCAUAGAUGCACCCGUCUUGUGCGUCAAGCGUACGUCACACUAUAGGCCUAAUAUGGUGUGUGUGUGUGUGUGUGUGAGAGAGAGAGAGAGAGAGAGAGAGAGAGAGAGGCUGUGUGUGCGCGCGCGCGAUUGCGUGCGUAUGUUUCCAAAUACAAUACACGAGUUCCAUCCGUUCCACGGUCGUGUCCACUGCAAACAGAACCCAUCUGACCCACAGUUCGACACUUUUUCCUGCAGCCUUUAAUCAGCACAGCAGCCGGGUUUUUUUUUUGUUUUGUUUUUGUUUUUCCAGUUUGGUAAAACGGAUGUCAAGUAAAUCUGAGAGAACAUAAAAAAAAAAAAAAAAUCUAAUUGUUAUUUUUUUUAAUCAAACUUGUCUUUGUCUUUAUCGCCGCUGUCGCCUUAACCUUGCGCUCCCAGGGCUGGGUUCUUGCGUGGGGAGACGCGCUCGUCCACGUCCAUAAUCGAUAGACGGGUGCAGGUAGCCUUGCCUUGCCUUGCCUUGCCUUUCUCCCUCACACACGCAGCAUCCCCACGCAUCCCCACUCCAGUGUGCAGCCUCCCUCUCUGCUAUUUUCCUCUCCAUCACAUCCCCGCACUCAGGAGCGGACACUUGUGCGUGUGCGGGGCCUUUGACUAUUGAUCCGCGCACAUCUGGAACACCUCAUAUUUGUUUUAAUAAGGCAGGGAUAGAGAGAGUGUAUGUGUGUGAGAGAGGGAGAGAGUGAGAGAGAGAGAGAGAGAGAGAGAGAGAGAGAGAAAGAGAAAGAGGCGAGACAGGGAGUGAGACAGCCGCAGGAGGAGCAGGAGGAGCAGGACGGAGCACUUGACACCUUUGCUUCUCCUCCACGGCAUCGAUAUGCAGUAGCUCUGCGGAGACAGCAAGGCCAGUCCGUGGCUUCUUCAUAUUAGAACCGUGUUUCUCUGCGCAUUCCUCACCGACGGCGCUGUCUCGUUUCUUUAUCCCCCCCCCUCCUCCUCCUCCUCCUCCUCCUCUCCCCUCCUCUCCCCUCUGCGGAUUACCUUGACCAGGGAACACAGCCUCACACAGUAGUGCAACCUGAGCAGAUUCUGAUUUUGGGGGGAUUCGGUGGGGACACCAUUGGACCUUGCCAUGGACUCCAGCGCGGGGAAUUAUGGCAUGGCUCGUCUUGGAUUGUUUUUGGUUUUGGUGAUGGGGCUGUGGAGAUUCAGCGACGCUUGCCCCGCAUCCUGCACUUGCAGCAUCUCAAGGAUUGUUUGUAUUGAUUCUGUACCAGGGAUCGAGGAUUUCCCCCUGCUCACGCUGGAUGACAUGGAAAACAUCACCGAGAUAUACAUUGCGAAUCAGGACAGACUCUUUGACAUCAACGACAACAGUUUGCGGUAUUACAUCAACCUCAGAAACCUAACAGUGACCAGGACAAGACUAACAUCCAUAUCAACAGAUGCAUUUUUCAACAAUACAAGACUACAAUAUGUAAAUUUAAGAGACAACAACCUCUCGACAUUGUCUUGGCGAACUUUUCAGAACUUCAACAUCUCACAUCCACUCCUGCUGUCAGGAAAUCCUCUGGAUUGUAUUUGUGAGAACUUGUGGAUCAAUCUAAGGCUACAGGAAGAAGGUGACGGUCAGGAGCUAAAAUGUACCGACGACAGAGGAGAGAUGAUGACCUUUGGCACUUUCCCUCUACUGGAUUGUGUGUUUCCGAUGGUAGAUGUCACACCGAAGGUUGUGACCAAGAUGCAGGGAGGUGAUGUUAAAGCCGUGUGCACUGCCACGGGCUCCCCGACUCCUGAGAUCCUGUGGAACCUGGAUAUACUCUCCACCCACCACAAGAUCGACCCGCAGGAAACAAAGAGCACCCUCACCCUCUUCGGCCUGUCUCCCUAUGAUAAUGGCAGGGUGAUUGUGUGCAGCGCCGAGAACAUGGUCGGUCAGACGGAGGCCACUAUCCAGCUGAAUAUUCUCUUUGCCCCCACCAUCGAGCAGCUGCUGGAGCCACAGCAGAACCACCACUGGUGCAUUCCCUUUGGCGUGACGGGAAACCCGAAGCCCGAGCUGCAGUGGUACCACGAAAACAAGCCCCUCCAGGAACACGACUACAUCCACACCAAGAUCCACAAGUCCGUGGACAAUGUGGACUACGGCUGCCUACAGCUGGUCAACCCUACGCACAUUCACAACGGCCUGUACAGGCUGGUGGCCAAGAAUGAGUACGGCUGGGAUGAGAAGACUGUCUCGGCCAUGUUCAUCGACCCACCAGAAACAGACGACCCUACGAUCUUUUACUAUCCCACUGAUUCACCACCUCUGGAUGACAGUGUUGCUGUGUACGUAGUCGUUGGAAUCGCAGGAGUUGCCUUGACUGGCUGCGUGCUAAUGGUUAUCGUCCUGAAAUAUGGAAGAAAUUCAAAGUUUGGUAUCAAAGGCUCCUCCUCGGUCAUCAGCAAUGAUGAUGACUCCGCCAGCCCUCUUCAUCACGUCUCCAAUGGCAACAACACCCCGUCGUCCUCUGAGAUGGGUCCAGACGCAGUGAUCAUUGGGAUGACAAAGAUUCCUGUCAUUGAGAACCCGCAGUACUUCCGUAACAUAGGCAGCAUUCUGGAAUCCAACACCCUCGUCCAACACAUCAAGAGGCACAACAUCGUCCUGAAGCGGGAGCUGGGAGAGGGAGCCUUCGGGAAGGUCUUUCUUGCUGAGUGCUACAACCUGACACCGGACCAAGAGAAGAUACAUGUGGCAGUCAAGACUCUGAAGGAGGCCAGCGAGAGCGGCCGAGCUGACUUCUACAGAGAGGCGGAGCUCCUCACCAACCUCCAGCACCAACACAUCGUCACCUUCUACGGCGUGUGUGUCGACAGCGACCCGUUCAUUAUGGUGUUCGAGUACAUGAAGCACGGCGACCUCAACAAGUUUCUCAGGUCACAUGGUCCUGAUGCUGUGCUAAUGGCAGACGGUCAACACAGUAUCCUGGUGGAGUUGACCCAGUCACAGAUGCUACACAUUGCCCAACAGAUUGCUGCUGGAAUGGUCUACCUGGGCUCCCAGCACUUUGUCCACAGAGACUUGGCCACCAGAAACUGCUUAGUGGGAGACAACCUGACGGUCAAGAUAGGAGACUUUGGCAUGUCCAGAGACGUUUACAGCUCGGACUAUUACAGAGUGGGCGGUCACACGAUGCUGCCCAUCCGCUGGAUGCCUCCAGAGAGCAUCAUGUACCGGCGGUUCACCACAGAGAGUGACGUGUGGAGCCUGGGAGUGGUGCUGUGGGAGAUCUUCACCUACGGCAAACAGCCCUGGUACCAGGUCUCCAACAACGAGGUGAUCGAUUGCAUUACCCAGGGUCAUGUACUACAGCGACCCCGCACCUGCCCUAAAGAGGUCUAUGAUCUGAUGCUGGGCUGCUGGCAGAGGGAGCCCUACAUGAGGCUGAACAUCAAGGAGAUCCACAGCAUGCUCCAGAGCCUGGCCAAGGCCUCGCCCGUCUACCUGGACAUCCUGGGCUGACGCGGCGGCGUCUGCGUUUGUGCUUCGCGUGCAUGUGUGUGCGAGCUGUGGCCUCGUGAGUUUGUCUGUGUGUGUUGGAUGGAGAGGAGGACAGAAGCUAAUGUGGCUAACGUGUGGGUGCGUCUCUGUACAGUACUAGCUGUAAAUGUUCCUGUAAAUGAUCUCGCCCUCGCACUAGUCCCGUUGAGUUUCGCCUUAAAUCUUUAGGUUCUUCUGCACACGUCCAUACGACACGUGAGGCCAUUCAACAGUGACGACGUUAGCAGCGUAAGCGACGGUUAAACAGAGCUAAUGUGUCCUCUCUCAGCCGUGUCUCACAGGGAAUUACAUCCUGCAGGAACGACAUGUUUAAAGUCGGAGCUAAAGCUUUUUCCUCUGAUACACAUUUAUAAAAAAAAUAUUCGGAACAUUACGACAUGCUCACGAUCGUCUGGAAACUUCUCUCUGUCCUUUAGCGGGUAGAUCUGAGGUCACCACAGUGGAACCUCUCACACCAUCUCCAUGUUUCCUCCUGAACUCCACAGUAGUAGUAUACACAGUAGUGAUGGGUAAUACCACAUCUGUUUUGAUUUGAUACUAUAUCGAUGACGUUUUUGGCAUUUUUCUUACCCCAGUAAAACACAUUUCAAAUACUGACCAACUUUGAUAUGUAUUUCCCAUUACAUAUUAGUCCUGAAUUACAUAAUAACAUGAUUUUACACAGUGUAACCUGAAUAGUUUCAUUGCUAGCAUUCAGGAACAAAGAUUUUUUUUCAUAUCUUGGAUCAAUUUCCUGAUCAUAAAGUUUAAAAUUCUGAAAAUCAAGUAUCAAAUAUCUGGUGUAGUCAGUUACUUUUUUAUUAUUAUUCAGUAUCGAUACUUUACGAGAGUAAGCGAUAUACUCAAUACGUACUAGUACCAAUACAUCCAGUAUCAAUAUACCGAUACCACCACUCGUUGCGCCCAUCACUUUAUCCACUCACGUUCAACUCAUGUUAAACUUCAGUUUAGUUAAAUGCUCAGCUCUGAUUGGCUCAUUUCUAAUCCUGUCCAUUGUGGUCGCUCAUGGUGAAAAUCUCAGCGUCACAUUCACACGCGUCAACCCCCCUCGUCUCCAUCUCCUCCAUGCACUAAAUCUUAUAUCACAGAAUUAACCGAGGGAUUUGAACCCGUCACCCUCUGUCACCAAACAAUUCGUCUUCAUCUCUGUUAAUAUUCAUGUUUUAGAAAGCCUAAAAAACUGUACGGACAUUUUCUUCAGCGCUGCUUUUGUAAACUUUUCCUGAGUUGUAUCUAAAGCACAGAGCAGGAGGACAUGAUGGUGAGGGGGGAGUGAGGUG